GUGUCUGGCAGCCAUUCAGAAGAGACUUUACUCUCCAGAAUCAGAACACGUAUUUACAAAUUAGCGGACUUCCUGGGCGUCGAGCGUUGUUUGUCAGGCAGCACUGUUGCUUCUACAGCAUCACACGCCCGCAGCAGAAUUUGUGUUUCAGGUUUAAAUGAGGUUCAUUGAAAGACACCUGAUUCAGAGAUGGAGAAACUAGAGACAACAGAGCUCCAGUCCAGACUGUCAUCCCUGUCUGUUUCUUCUUUCCCUGGUAUAACGUCGAAAAACUGUGAAGCAAACCCUUCAAACAGACUUCAAAGCACAGACCUUUCCCGGACAGUAAUCCAACCGGACACCCAAACUAAAAUGGACGAUAACAGCGAAUCUGCUCCAUCUGCUGAGGAGCCCAGCGCAUCUCUGGGGAAGGCAGAGGCGGGUGACUCACAGGAGAGCAGUACUUCACCCCCCGGGGAGAAAAAAGCUCUUCCUCCGAUGAAACCAGCAUCCACUUGGACCUCCGUGGCUCUGAAGGAGCUGAAGACGAAGCUGUGUCAAGAGAAGGACAGCGUGGUGACGGUAUAUCGUGGAGACAUAAUGACUGUCCACGUGCCCACUGUUCCUGAGGCCAAGCACGUGUGCUGGGAGUUUGCCACAGAUGGCUAUGACAUUGGUUUUGGGGUUUACUUCGACUGGUCACCAGUCACUAGCCGAGCCAUUACUGUCCACAUUAGUGAAUCCAGCGACGAUGAGGAUGAAGAAGAUGACCUGGAAGUCCCUGGGGUUCCUGGAGAUGUUGAGAAGGGCUCUAAAUCAGUUGCCAACUCGAACUUGGGAGAAAUCCUGCCUGUGUACCGUCAGGACAGUCAUCUGGCGGUUCAGAGCGGGAGCCACGAGUUUCCAGGAGAAGGUACAUACCAGCUGAAGUUCGACAACUCGUACUCGCUGUGGCGGAAUAAGACUCUGUACUACAGAGUGUACUACAGUGCCUGAGGAAUCGAGUGCAUAUUUCAAAACAAAGGUUUCAGUGAUACUAUUUUUGAUCGUAUGUGUUCAAUUACUGUCUAAUUCUUGCUUUUGUUGAUUUGUGCUUUUCGUUUUAUCCAAGCCCUCUCAUAGAUCAAAAAAUGACCUCUCUCGCUCUCUCUCUCGCUCUCUCUCUCUCUC